AUGAAGCUCACACUAGACACUUUAUUCUUGGCCUUCAUCGCCUUCAAUGGAUUCUCCUCAGCCGUCGGUUCCGUGCUUCCUAGCCUUCCCAGCACCGACAUCAUUCCCGUUAUCCGCGCCGAAAAUGCUACCAUCGUUCAAGGACUAGACCUACGCCGAGACGAAGAUGAUUGGGAAAUUGUCACCUACCAAGACGCUUGCGGCAGUGCCACCCUGGAGAACCUCUCGAGCAAAAGCAAGUCACAGUCGUGCAAAACCAUCGAGUCCACCCGCUGCGUCAAGCUUAAGGUCGGUAUCAACUUCGGGGUCAUCUCGUGCAAAUUUGGAUUCAGGCAGACAUCGUGCGCCAACACCCAGCACCAGUAUACGGUCAAGCCAGGCGAAACUAAGACGCAAAGUGUGAGUGUGAGCGACAAGUUGGAAGUCAAAUUCUCGUGA